AUGCCUACUGAUCCUUCAAUGGGCAGUGGUUCUAAUAGUAAAAGCAGCAAGAAAUCUACGAAGGAAAAUAUCGACUUAUAUGCUAUUCUAGAAGUAGAUAAGAAAGCAACAGCUGAGGAAAUAAAAAAAUCCUAUCGUAAACUCGCAUUAAAAUAUCACCCGGAUAAAAACCUAAAAGACCCUGGGGCUUCUGAAAAAUUCAAAGAAGUCAAUAGAGCACAUUCUAUACUAGCUAACGAACAGAAGAGGAAAUUGUAUGACCGGUAUGGAGCUCUGGGGAUUUAUGUAGCAGAGCACAUUGAUGAAGAAGACUGGCAGCCGUACCUGGCUUUACGCAACCCUUGUAUACAAUGCCUUGCUUGUACCUGUUUCUUGUGGACAUGUUGUUGUUGCUUCUUCUGUUGUUGUUGCUGUUGUGGUAAAUAUUAUCCAAAAACUCCCCCUGUUCCCGAUGAAAUGAAUGAAGCUUAUGACGAGUCAAAUUUUGAAAUGCCUAUGAACAAUGAUAGUAAUAUUGCAGAAACUCUUGUGACUAAACAACCAGAUCCAGCUCCAGCUGUCAAUCUGUACACAGUGCCACCAACUACGUUGUCAUCUUCAUGA